AUGAUCAAGCUCUUCAGCGUCAAGGCAGGCACCCGCGUCCCCGCCCUGGAGCGCGCCUCGGCUGACCUCACGGAGCUGCAGUUGCCUGGGAACAUCAAGAUCAACUUCCCUGAGGGCAAGGAGAAGCCAAUGCACUUUGAGAUAUCAAUCAGGGCAGACGAGGGCAUGUACAGGAAUGGGAAAUUCCUGUUUGACUUUGUCAUUGCGCCUAGCUACCCGUACGAUGCACCAAAGGUCAAAUGCAAGACCAAGGUGUACCACCCCAACAUCGACCUGGACGGCAACAUCUGCCUGAACAUUCUGCGGGAGGACUGGAAGCCGGUGCUUUCUAUCAGCAGCGUCGUGUACGGGUUGCAGUUCCUGUUCCUGGACCCCAACCCUGAGGACCCCUUGAACAAGGACGCUGCAGCCAAGCUGCAGGAGAGCGCGCGGUCCUUUGAGUCGUACGUGCAGCGCAGCAUACAGUAUGGGAUGCAGAUCGACGGCACCUGGUUCCCGCCCUGCGCCCCCAACGGCAACUGGGCAGGCACGGGCAGCGGCUUCACCGGCCGCAUUGACCACCACGGCAAGGGCCGCCCCUUCAAGGACGGGUUCUCAGCCGCCGCCGCCGCCACCAAGGAGGCCACAACAGACGCUGUAGAUGCCGCGAGUGAUGUGGCCGAGGGCAGGGGCAACGAGGCCGUGGGCUACGUGGAGGGUGCCGUGAAGGGUGUGAUGGACAAGAACUUCGCCAGCAAGGAUGACGAGAACCCGAGCACCGGCGCCCAGGGCUGGAAAGGGGACAUCCAUGGCCGUGGCCGCGACGGGUUCCACGUGCCACGCGGCUGA